AUGGCGGACAGCCUCUCCGCCGAAUGCACGCCCCUCAAGGAGAAGUACGAUACGUGCUUCAACGCCUGGUUCGAAGGCUACUUGGAACCAGCAGUCGCAGCCUCAUCUUCGGAGCGCGGGGCGUACUCAAAGAAAAAAGCUGAUGAAUUCCAGGCGAAGUGCGGGAAGGUGUGGGAGCAGUACAAGGAGUGCAUUCAGAGGGCCGUGAAGGAGAAAGGCCUGGACAAGCUCUUGCAACAAGCACGCGAGGAGAACCCCUUGACGAUGCCACCUCCGCCUCCCAUUGUCAAACCGCUCAAGAAGAAUUCGUGA